AUGUUGAGCUCUCCGCGACGAUGGCUGCUCUUCAUUUCUCCGCUCAUUACCCUCGCCCUCAUCUUCUACGCCUUCCGUGCCCCUGUCGCCAGCCUCAACCCUACCCGAGCUGAGAGCUCAAGACCGGCCCCCGAAUCGGACCCGGAACCGCUCGUCGUACAGGGCGAAAAGGCACCUGUGCAACCCGAGCCCCAGCAGCCCGCAGCAGUCAACUAUGGCCCACGGAUAUCGGAGCACGAGGCUCGCUGUGGCCGCUUAGAACGGGAUAUGGACGAUAUCUUAGUGGUCGUGAAGACCGGUGCAACUGAGGCACAAGAGAAGAUCCCCAUUCAACUGAAGACUGGCCUCCAAUGCGUCCCUCAUUUUGUGAUUUUCUCCGACUAUGAUGAGAAGAUCAGCGGAGUGCAGGUGUACGACAUUCUGCAGAACGUCACCGAAGAAACGAUGCGAAAGGAGCCUGAAUUCCAGCUGUACAAGAAACUGCAAUCCGUGGGCCGUGAAGGCCUGACCAAGGAAGACUGGGGCGAGGAUGGAAACGGCCCCUUUGGCAAGACGAACAACCCGGGCUGGAAGUUGGACAAGUGGAAAUUCCUGCCCAUGACGGAUGGCGCGUUGGAGGUCAAGCCUGAUGCUAAAUGGUUCAUUUUCAUCGAGCCCGAUACCUACAUGGUCUGGCAGAACUUGGUCAAUUGGCUAGAUCAUUUGGAUCAUACUCGAAGCUAUUACUUGGGAAGCCCGAUGCAGAUGGAGGAUAUGCUGUUCGGUUAUGGUGGAUCGGGCGUUAUUCUGUCCAACAAGGCGAUGAACCGUCUCCACGCCCACCGGUCGGAGGCCCAAGAUGAAUUGGAGCAGAUGACUGCCACGGAAUGGGCGGGCGACUGUGUCCUGGCGCGCGCGCUCGAAGCGACGCAUAUCUACUUGACGUGGGCCUGGCCGAUGAUGAUGACCACUCGGCCGUGGGAGAUCGACCACUUCUCCGAGCAGUAUGCGAAGCAGCCAUGGUGCUAUCCCGCCGUCUCCUAUCAUCACAUGAGCGUCGAGGACAUUGAGGCGAUGUGGCAGUUUGAGCGGCGCUGGUUCCGCAGCGGCAAGAAUGCGCUGCUCUUACACGCCGAUGUCUACCGCGAGCUUAUCCACAAUGGCACUUUGGGAUACAAGGACGACUGGGACAACCUGUCCGGAGCUGAAAUCGUCUUCGAGCCACCCACAAUGCCUUCGGUGGACGCGUGCGCGGAUGCGUGCGCUCAGAAUCACGAAUGUCUACAGUACGCUUACAACAAGUCCACGGGGACCUGUAAGCACUCUGCCUCGACUGUGAAUGGGGUGGAGAGUGGCGGCGUCGCCUCUGGCUGGAUCACCCACCGUGUGCAACGUCUCUUGAAAAACUUCCAAUCCUCGUGUCCCCAAGUCGAGUAUAUCUUCGAUUGA